AGCAUGCAUCUUCGAAAACUUCUGACUCAAAAUCAAGACGCACCCUUUGUUUGAAAACAACAAAUGGGUGGAUAAUCGCAAGCGCGAUAAGCGAUAACAGGAACGGAUGUGUCGCCGUUUCGCAAUCCAUUCGCAUUGCAGCGUCACGUGUCGUCAGGAGUUGCGGCAUCAGAAUUGACCUACCUAGAGACAGAGUCUAGCAUCCAACACUUCUGGACUGCUGCCUCAACAUGAACAUCGAAGGCUCUGGCUGUGGAGAAUUACAGCAAUUGGUCCAGGAGGAGGAGGGCGAGGAGCCUCCGAGCCGUGGUGCAGAAGUCACGCCUCCUUCAACUCCUGCCAAGUCAAAUCGGCAGAGUAAAAACGACCCGCAGAAUCUUCACACCUCGCAACAGGGAUUCUGGGAAAAUAAUACUCGGACGUCGCCGAUAAUAAGUAAAGAGAGUUCCGGGCAUGCGACAACUAGUCAAGGAUCUAUGGCCUCUGGUAGGGCGAUGAAUGUCUCAAAUCAGACUACAAAUCAACCGAAGCUUGUCUACAUGAAUGAGAAAGAAAAGCAGAAACCUAGCCGUCCGGAACCACCGAGAAUAAACAAGCAACACAGAGCGGUCGUGCCAUGCAGACACCAUUGCUUUCUGUCAGAGGUACCGGAUGUCAGGCGAAUGGAACAGGCUCUCCUUCAUCUGCUUGAAGACUUUCACAGCGGAAACUUGAGAGCUUUUGGUAAAGACUGCAGUAUGGAGCAGAUGACUGAGAUAAGGGAGCAGCAGGAACGAUUGGCUCGACUUCAUUUUGAGCUGGGUCAGAGACAAGAGACUGGAACUGCGGUUAACGGCGAGCAAUCAGGCCUUAGACAGUCCACAGCGAACAUGCGACACUUGCUUCAUCGUUUGCAGCAGCUAAGCGUUUGCAUAGAAAAAUUACAUAGUAAAUAACUGCUUGCCAAUGGAGAGACGUCAAUUUAUAUGUCCAUUUAGCCAAUUCCCAUUAUUCGUUUUUACUUUCUAUUAUCCUUAAUUUUUCUAGCAAACUUUUCGUUUUCACUGUCUCAUUCCGCAGUGAUUGUACAGCUCUAGACAGAAAUAUGCGGGACGAUUGUGUUGUUUGUUGUUUCCCUAAUUAGCUAGAAAUUUUUAUAAACAUUUUUUAGGGGAUCCGUUUGAAUCAUCUUGAUGAUCGGAGUAAUACAUGGAUCGAAUUGAUAAAGACUUGUGAUUAUAUGCUCAGAUAUAGUAAAACUGAAUACUUAUGACUAACGCAAAAACGUUU